AUGCCCGCCAUGAUUGCCAAACGGCCGGGCCUCAUGCAAAUCUCGGUCUCCCGAAGUGCCGAAGAGCAGCGGUUGAUUCCUGCAUAUUGCAGCAACCUUGCCCGCCGCGCUAAAGAGCUUGAGACUUUUCGUAAGCAUCUUUACGCCGAUGCCAAAGGUGGUGAACUAUCUUUUGGAAUCAUGGAGCGCAUCUCACCACAUGCUGUUGCGGUGUCACAUCCUCUGUUCUCACGACUUGAGCAGCUUCAUGUCCUUCUUGGUCGUGUUUUUGUCGAUAUCGUGGAUCGGUGGUUUACAGACGAGAAGGCACGCUUUCCGGAACGCAUGCCGUUGGAUCCAUCGGAAGAGGAGCUUCUCCGAUGGGUAGCGUCUAGUGGUUGUGUUCCAGACUACGCCGAGCAUGCCGGUUGCUGGCGAAGUGAUUUGUUGUUUGGUCGCAGCCCGGAUGGUCUGCGGGAUGAGUCACCGUAUGUUUGCGAAAUCAACGGAAGGCUGCCUCUCAAUGCGGUCAUGGGAAUUGCUCUGGGCGAAAAUGGGCUUCUGGAACUUGGUGCGAGUAAAGGAGGACUUGAGCCUGUGAAUAGCAUGGAUGCAUCUUAUAACAACCUUAUGGCACUAUUCGACCCCGAUAAACCGCUUUUCUCUAUCAGAGACAAAUGGCCUGGUGCUGACUCGAAGAUCCUUUCAGCUGUCAAUGUUGCACGUGGAAGGCCGCCAGUCGAGGCAGUUCGCCCCCAGGAUCUGGAAGUUCGCCCUGAUGAAAAUUCUCCAACUGGAUUCUCUCUCUGGGAUAAGGCCACGAACAGGCUCUUGGAACAAUGGUUUGUUGAGAUGCUGCAGGAAGAGUAUGCCGACCUGGAACCAGCUGUCGCCCGCCAAUUGUCCCUUACUCCUCUCAAUGACCUUCGAACUGUGUUCAUUGUGCAUGACAAGCGACUACUUGGCAUCAUACCUGAAGAGCUUCCGAAGAUGGUUUCGCGUGGUGUUCUGACCGCCGAAGAGGCCGACAUCGUUGCUGAUGGGAUCACUCAAACGAUCAACCCGGGUUCAGAAGGACUUCAAAAUCUGCUACGCGAGUCAAAAUCCGACUCGGAUAUCAAGAAUUACUAUAUAUACAAGCCCUGCCGUGAUGGCAUGGGUCACGGUAUAGAACUGGGAAAGAACCUUACGCAAGAAGCCUGGCUCGAACGUCUAGAGAAGCUCGCAAACCCAGAUGUUCUUCGACCUCAUGAUGAUGCAGCUGUCAUCCAAAGGCUGGUAGACCAUAAUUGGUAUGACGUUGUUCGUCAUGAGGUUUCAACAGAUGAUGGACCGAAGCCUAACAAGUUUCAUCUUAUCGGAUCUAUGUUCAUGUUUCAGAAUCGCAAGUUCUACCCAGCUACUUGGCGUAUGGGCCUGGAGACACAUCUCGGUAUCACUUCCGAUAAGCCUGGGCUGGUCAUGGCGAUGGUGCAUCAGCCCGACUGGCCAAUUGGGGAGAACCAAGAGCAAGAGUUAUGA